AUGUUGGGACAGAGCAUCCGGAGGUUCACAACCUCCGUGGUCCGUAGGAGCCACUAUGAGGAGGGCCCAGGGAAGAAUUUGCCAUUUUCAGUGGAAAACAAGUGGAGGUUGCUAGCUAUGAUGACCUUGUAUCUUGGAUCUGGAUUUGCUGCCCCUUUCUUCAUAGUACGGCACCAACUGCUUAAGAAAUAGGAUGUUUUAGGUCAUCCGUUUAACAGAUAACAGCAUUUCAAGAGGUUCAGUCUCUGGAAAAUGGAUCAAACUCUUGAACUCAUAGCAUACUAGAUAUGUUUGUAAAUAAACUUACGACUUGAAUGCUGAA